AUAUGUUGCUGAAAAAAGUUUCGGUUACAUCGGGUCGUGAGCGUCUGGCGUCGAGUAAAUGAAAAAUAAGUUCAGCUGACCUUAGGAAGAUCUAUCGGAAAGAGUAAGUCGGAGGCGCAAUCGGUCGUUUUUGUUGAGCGGACUGUUGAAAAAUGCAUCGUCUCGGCUUGUCGUUUUGUGAUGCGAGAAACAUCUUCUUCGUCGAGAUGUAUGGAAUGGUCGGCAAGAACAAGAGGGACCGAAUAAAACGCUAGAUAUUUAUAGAAGUCCACCCGUCGACUUCAACUAGGAUUUGUACAAGUAGAACUUGCCGCUAAGCACAUUUCCAAAACCCCUGUCUGAAAACGUUUCAGCACUUUUUUCUAUUUCUUUGCGCAAUCAAUUUCAACACCUUCAUGAUCAUCAUGUUCUAGGCACGGAGGAUAGCAACUACAAGUAACGGCUACGGAGGGCGGUCAAGUGGUGUUACAGUGGAUCUUUUGGUCAGGAAGAGUUCUUGAAUGGGUUAGUCAAAAAGCAUGUUUUCAUGCUGUUGGGCUUGGGCGUUACAGCUACCAGAACGCCCUGAGCUAUCCGAACGCGGUCUCCGAUUCGUACUUUGAUCUCGUGAAAACGACAGAGGAGCUCGCAAUCGACCGGCACAUUUUAUAGGGUACCGAACUGCAGGUGCAGCUCCGACCUGCAUACCAGGUGCGUGUCCGCGUCGAGUAGCUGCAGUCCGUUGCAAUAUCGGAAAGCUGCCGACGACAUCAACUACACCAGUGCAGAUAUUUUUUACCUUGAAAGAGAGGACCGUAGAUAAUGGAGAGCGCCAUCGCAUCGCCUCGAGCCGCUGUCUGUCUCGAUCAGCUUCUUAAUAAUACAGCAGAGGUGUCUACUUCCGCGACGCCUCCAGCAGUGAGAUAGACAUUCGUGUCCACUGCUGUUCUAUUCAUUCUUGGAGACAUUUGAUUUGGAAAAUAUUGAGGCCAACAAGAGGUCCUGGUCAAAAUGCCGACGUCAGGACCAGUGAUGACUAUGCUUAACGCCACCCAGCCGGGCGGGCCGCGGGUUACCAAGACGAAGUCGCAGCUGAAGCGUGAAGAACGUGUGAGCAUCUUUGGUCUGGAUUGCGUUGAUUCGGUUCUCAUUUCCGGUUGGCAGAUAGGCAAGGAAGUCCACAAGACGAUAACGAUACGAAACGUCUCUUUGGUAUUUCGAAGCUUUUAGUUCGUUGUAGUUUCUAAUGUUAGGGUUUCCAUAACUGUAUCGUGUUAAUAUGAUUACGUAAGCAUAAUUUUUUACGCAAAGAGCUUCUUCUUGUUCUUAACAAACACCUUGCAAAUUAUGCACCAACAAUUCAGACGACGCAAAAGUUGAACUAUGACCUGCCCAAAAGCGAAGCUUUCCAGCUGGAAUACCCGAAGGGCUGGGCCCUAGCACCGGGAACGACUGUCACGAUAAAGCUUGUUUUUCGUCCGCUCGUGUACGAGCCUCAUCUCGACUAUGUUACCGUACGAACGCCGACAGGUUAACUCACUUUUUUGAAUAAUUACGUUCUAGUCAGGAGGUCGAGCUCGAAGGCGAAGCUCAAGGUGAACAUGAAGGCAAACAUGAAGUUUGACGCGUUUUUGAAAAAUUGUUUCGUGCUCUCUGUAAAACUGAGAAUCUUUAUUUCAGGUUGAAAAAGUAGGUGUACAACAAUCUACUUCUGCAACCACGCACCACAGGUCAGUUUUCGAUUUUGUUGAAAGCUGUCGUGACGGAGUUGGCCUUAUCGAUACCGCCUUUCGUGGACUUCGGAUAUGGGCCCGUUCAGGAAACCGUUGUUAUCCCCGUGCCCAUGCACAACACGGGAUCCCUACCCGUCAGAUACGAAUGGGGAUUCGGCGAGCCCUUCGUAGUGGCGCCAUUCUCCUCAGAUACAGGAAGUGCGCCUGCAGAAGGUGUGCUCAACGUGGGAGAGAGCCGCGACAUUGAGAUCGAAUUCAGGCCCAAGGAAGCGAAAACCUACGAAGCGAUUCUGAGGGUUAAGGUGCUUACAGACCACAGCGGGGGGAUGCCCAGGACAGAAGAAGCGGAACGAGAAAUGAAAUUCUACGAACUCAGGGUAGUGGAAUACACUCAACUGUUGAGAAACGCAAACGUGCUGCUUUUUAAAGUCGUGCAAUGUUGGACGAAGUACAAGAUCUAGCUUUAAUGCCCUACCCCGAUCGUGAUCUUCACGUGUUACUUUAAUAUCGCUUCUUGAUUCCACAGAGCUCUUGUCCUCUUCCCAACUACUUCUACAACAAGUUGUUCAUUACUACAACAGGUCAUCGGUGCAGGUAAGGUGCCUCACUUGAUUCCGGUGGGAACGGAUAAACUGGAGUUGGGCCCAAUUUUGCCAACCCAAAACGCGACGGUCAAGUUUAGGGUGCAGAACGUAUCGCUUGUGCGUGCGAACGCAAUUUUGAGGCCACUCCAGGAUGAAAUUCCUCCCUUGGCUCCCUGCGCUAUUCAAUACUUCCCUGAGAGGGUGAUAAUAGAACCGGGGCAGCGAGGAGAGGUAGAGUUCAGAUACGCAAGCAAUAUCGUGGGCGAAACAUGUGCACGCGAGUACUAUUUGUUGAAUCUAUUUGAUAAUAUGUUGACUUGCACGUCCUACUAGGUAUGCCAGAUUCCACGUGGUUAGUUACGACGUGAUUUGUUUUCAUCUUUCUCUUGACUGACACACAUGAAAGGCUUACUUGAAAUUAUCGAUCAUUAUAUACCUUUUGAACUCACGAAUCAAUCCAACUCAGUUUCGAGCUAGUGUCGCCUGGCGGCGCACCUCUGCGAGUAUCAGUGAAAGGCAGUUGCGUCGCCCCGGAGGUAGAGAUGAGCACAAGCUAUGUCAACUUUGGAGAAUUGGACUGCUCUCAGGAUCCUGCACGCGUGUAUGACCGUGCCAUGCAGAGGCACAAGGGGAAGUUGCACGAUCCGGGGAUGAAAGUGUUGCGAAUUGACAACAAGUCGCCGCUGAAGGUACACUACCAUUUCUGCAAUGUGGAUCAAUUGUAUUCGGUUUUUGCGCUAGAUAAGCCAAGUGGCACACUGGCGCCGCAUGGCUACGUGUUGAUCACCAUCAAUUUUUCGCCGAUGGCCCCGAUAAACUAUUACAAGCGGCUUUACUGCGUCUUCAAAAACGGGCCUCUGCUUAUGACAUGUAGAAAUUGUGUGCAAGAACGAUUUUAUCCCGCCCUGCCUUCGUUGAAAAAUAAUAUCCGCAGCGCUGUAUUUUUCUUUGAGAUAUUAUCGCUUAUGACUCUUGCUGAUUUUUCGGUCGCGUGUUGUGGAGUAGAAGAUCCAUAAUUUCUGCAGCUAGUCAACUUCUAGUUCCACCACUUCCUCUUCUAAUAUCUGAGCUCUGCCCUUGGACUUGCUGGGCACCGGGUACACAGACGAGCAGCGGCCAGCCGUGUUGCAGCAGGACGACGUUCUGCAGUGGCACCAGGUGCGAUUAUUAGGGUAUCCAGAAUACGAUUCACGACCUAGCUCACCAAGUCACUCGGAGCAUGAGAUGUCACCAUUUGCGUCGUCAGGGACAAAAGCGGGAGCCACCACACCUUUUUCUCGAGGGACACCUGGCAAGGAAGAGGAGGACGGCGAGCACGGGUCCCCAGUUCGCAGUGUCUCACCCAAAAAGACAUACCACAACUUCCUAGACAGGGUCUUCCCGCGAACACUAAAAAAGGCGGAGCUCAGCAGCAUGCAGACGUUCCUUGAGUUAUGUCGGUACACAUAGUUGAAGUUGAUAAACUGACUAAGUCUGUGACCAUCUUCUUCUUCAUAAUCUGAUAAUUGCUACGGCGAUCUCCUGUUGCUUUCUUCAUUUUUCUAAUGCCAUCUUUGCUUGAUAAAGUAGCUGGCUCUAAUUAGCUGCGUGUAUCCGCCGAAGGACAUGUCAUUGACCCCAUCAGAGUUGGACUUUUUUGGCGCAGCGGGAGUGCGGACAGUGACGCUGACAAACAACACAAACCAGAAGGUAAAAGUAACAAACGCUUUUGAAGAUCACAAAAGAACAAAAGUUGGUAUACAACUAGUUGUAUGAAUAUUUUUGAGACAUCGUCGGGCAUCAAGGGGCUUCUCUGGAACGAAAAUGAUGAUCGUUGUUGAUCUCGUUGCAGGAACAACGACAACCGAAGUCAGACCUAAUCUUAGACCUUGAUAAUUAUUCGCAAUGCAACAGCAACUCCAAAAAUAAGCUGUCACUCGAAAGGUAAUCGCGUGCUGGAUGAAUCUCAACGAAACUCGUUUGCCGUCAAAUCUAGCGAAGUUUGGGGAAGCGGACUUUCAGACUUUCACCGUGUAUCCGAACAACGUCGACAUCCCUGCGCAAGGAGAGAUGGAAUUUACCGUGACGUAUCGCCCGAGCAAAGAGAUGACGUUUGACGGUCAAGUCUUAGAAUGUUACGUGUUUCCAAAACGCAACCGCAGUUUUCACCUGGUCAAUAAGAAGAAAUUUACGCCACCAACCUGCCUCAAUCUGGUGUGUCAAGGACACACGAUGGGUUUCCACAGAGACGACUGCCAAGUCGAGAUCACCGAUAGCAGCCACGUAGUCCGGAUGCAGCCGUGCGCAUUGAUGCAACGUACAACGAUUUUUUGUUUUCCAAUUCCUUUCCACCCUAUCGUUGUCCAAAACGAACAAGUCCGUUUCUCCUUCUGGGUUCGCUUAUCUCUACAUACCUGUUCCAUCUUUAUAUGUGCCUCAAGAUGUUGUGAAGGUGGAGGAUAAAAUGCAGAUGCAGAUUCUGUUCUUCUUUUACAGGUAGUUAUCACGUAUUUUUGAUAAAAAACCUGGGCGAUACGAAAAUGGUGUACCGCAUAUUGCCUGCCAUGGGCGAAAAAGUUGUAGGCGAAGACGUCCCGUUCAGCUGCUUUCCACGACGUGGCUGCAUAUAUCCACACUCUUUUCACGCGAUAGUGAUUGAGUUCGCGCCGACCAAGGCAGACAAUGGCACUGCCUUUGAGGCGAAGAUUCCCAUCAUCAUCAACUACGAAGAAAGCAAUUACCGAUACGUGCGGGUGCAUGCACGAUGCUGGCAGACGAAGUUGGAGUUGAAGAAUCUGAUAACGUUUCCACUGACAUGUCAGGGAAACAAUAGCGAUCUCCAGUUGGCGGUCCGGAACGAGGCUGAAGUCGGGGCACACUACGAAAUUAAGAUACCGACGAGAUAUCGGCAGAUUUUCCACGUUGAGGAGUCGGAGGGUGUCGUCGGGCCGGGGGAGAAGAGCGCUAUCAAGUUCCGAUUCACGCCAGACGCACCAGGCCUUUUUUCGACUUCGAUCAAUGUGCAGGCCCAGGAGAUCCGUGAUGCUGACGACGAUAGGCGAAUUUUCGCUAUCCAAGAUCGCGAAUACUUCGGACCUCUCCCAAUCGAAGACGUAGCAGCAAUAGCUGACUUCAAUGGUGGUAGCCAUCCGGGUGGCCGAAAGACGUAUGCGAUACAACUGGUCGGUCACGGUCAACAACCAGUACUAUUUUUUUGAGUUUUUUUUCAGGUCAAAUGCAAAUUGGCUGAGCUGGAGCAGGUUUGAGAACAAAACGAUAGGGUUGAUUGACUUUUUCGGCCACCACUCCGUCCAGGCACUCUCGCUGGAGGCAAAUAUGAUAGAUCUGGGGCCUCUCACGGCAGGGCGUGGGGACGCGACGAAGUCGCAAAUCAGAGUCUUCAACAGUAGCAACCAGGAGGUGCACUUCCGACUCGAAGUUGAGUUUGAGUUUGAGAAAUUGGAAAUGGAUAGAAGUCCCCUGCGAAAGAGCAUCGAACAGAUGCGGUCGCCCAAAGGCUCAGUGCGGGAUGGACGAAGGUAUCUCCUUCACGCUUUUAUCUGCCAAUCACUGUAAUGUGAUUUAAAAACCUUCUGAUCGACCGGAUCAUGAUCUUCAUUUUUUCUACGUGAAGUUUAUAACAGUAGUAAAGGGUACUGGUACGAGUGUGACUGAGCUGUCUUCACAUGAUGCGUUUGGGAGCUACGCUUACAAUCAAAACGAUCGUUAACCUCAAUCCAGUACGCCUCUCUCAUCGCCGCGGCGAACUGACCGAUAUACUUAUCCGCCAUCCCCGCAACCGCCAAAAGACCCGAAGGAAGACAACGAGGAUGAUCCUCGACUCUUCAAAAACAGCUUAGUUUUCGAAAUCAACGAGGGAUCUGUUGGACCUCGAGGUUUUCUCGACCUCAGAUUCACCGUAAGUCUCAGGAGGCGCGGCAUACACCAGUGGACUGUCAAAGUUGUUCCGGUACUACGAGUAUACGAGAGCAUUAUCAGUGUUGGCGGUGCUGCAUCAGCAUGACUUAAUCUUGUUCUAUCACUCGUCUGAAUCAAGCAGAUUUGACUCCGCAAUCACUAAUCUUCUGUAUUCACAACCAGGUCGCGUUUCACCAUCCACUAGGCAGUGAAGUAGCCCCGAGUGAAUUUACCGUAAGAGCGGACGCGCAGUCACCCUUGGUGCAAAUUUCUGACGUGCGGCAGGAAAGUCCAGUGCCACAGCCUGUUUCUAUGUUGUGGACCUAUUGCCAGGUACUAACAACUCAUAGGACGAGAAAAACGCUGCGUUCUAUGUGCGGCUCUCUGGAUGGACUGGCAUCCAGUACAUCUUGUGCAAUAAAUCAGAAAACAGAAAACUUCUAGCUACGUUGUUCUUGUUAGCUUGUGUUUGUGCCAUGUCCAUGCGCUAAUUGAUACAAAAAUGGGGUCCUUUCUAAUUCUACUUCAUAUUUUUUAUCAUUUCAUGAAAAUCACGAGGACGAUCAGAAAAAUAUUCCUUUGUACCAUGCAUAGGUCGACGACUUCAAUAUGGGUCAGAGGAUGCGUCCAUCACACGUUGAUCGGAAGUUCCAGAGUGCGCUUGGAUUUGAUGCUAGGCGAGUUUUGCUGCCACAGUUAGGGAGCUACCAACUCAAUUUCGGAACCGCCCCAUAUGGAAACGCACCCACAGUCGUUUACCUCGUAUUGCAUGUUAAGACGUACUGCAAGAUGUGAAGACUUAUUGCAAGUGAGAGUGAGUAGAUGAAGAUAGCCGGCUCAUCUACACGAACAUGUACUUGUUGGAUUGCAUCUUCGGUUUGAUUGAUCAGGAUUGCGGUUCGGUGCAUGCAUUUCGAUAUCAAAAAGUCCCGCAAAAGAAGGAAAAAAAGCUCACACCUUGUAACUAUCACAGGUGCUCACCAAUCCCACCGACGUCCCAGUGGAUUUCGACUUGCACACACCAGGCGACUUGCAGCUUCAGGACGUUCCUCUUUGGCACGACGAAAUUCCGCCAUGGCAUAGGGGCACGAGCCAAGGCGGGGUACUAACUUGCUUCUUGUUCAUGCUUUGAUGCUUAUUUGAAUGUUUUGAUCGGUGUCGGGGGCAGGAAGAAACACUAAAAUAGUGAUGGGAAUGCAACGCAUCCGGGACUUUGUUCUCGAGCGAAUAGUUUCUACUUGGUACUUUCCUUCAGAGCAAGAGCGCCGACGAGCCUAGUGUUGAGGAGCAGCGACUUGCGAUGGCUGAGCACCACUACGAAUGGGUGGAGAACCACAAAGUUCUAGAUGUUUACCCGAAAGCAGCGCGUAUAGAGCCCGGUGAGUUUCAGUUCGUGCGUUUCAUGUAUCAGCAUUUCUCAGUUGGAACUCACAUUCUACCCUUUGUUUUAACGGUCACGAAGGGCAAGUCGAUGGUUUUCUACUGCAAAGCAAACACCUUGCCGCCAAAUAUCGGCCGUCUUUCGGUACGGGCGAACGCAAUCACCCUGCGGCCAGUCCCAAUCGGCUACGAGCGGGGUCCUCUGCAGGUGAUCGAGCUGAGUAACUGCGGAUCAGCGCCUGCCUGCUGGAGUCUGAAUGCGGAGUCCCUAGACGAGCUCAAGUUAUGAUCUUGUAUAACUGCAAAUUUUUUGCCUCGCAUUCAUCUAGAUCUUAGAAUCUGUAGUUCGACCACGUAGCCGCACCAGGCUUCAAAUAUCCAGACCAGCGAAGAUGUUGUACUGGAGAGCAAACCUGAAACAAAUGGAAAUAGUCAGUCUUCUAAGCAUCGAAGAAAACUACGGGUUUCCGUUGUUGCAGAUAAGCCCGAUGCACGGCGAGCUAGCGCCAAGGAGUCGCAUCUUCCUCCAUUGCUAUUUCACGCCUAUAGAAGCGAAAGCGGUGGAGUGUUCGGUGAAGAUCGACCUAACAUUAGGUGACGGAACAGUCGUGGAGACUCUAGAUUUCGAGCUUCGUAUGUCAGGUUUCGACCCAAAGCGCGGACAACCACCCACAGAAUACCUGACGCCGCCAUUUGGACCGACUCUUCCGCUUCAAACCUACGCACCAUUGCCGAACUAUGGCGCAGCCUUGUCGUGCGAAGCAGUAGACUUCGGCGUCGUGCCACUCGAUUCCGUCAAUACAAAGGUACUUAAUGAAGGCAGCACAGCGGGUGCAGACCAUUUUUUUUCGAUGACCUAUGUUCAUCUUUAUGUAAGUUGAGACUUCUGAAAUUGAACUCAUCAAACAAAACUUCGAUGAUCUCGAUAUGAUCGAAAGUAGCAACCAAGAUGAGUCCUGUCAACAUCUCCUCAGGUAGUAGCUCUCGUGAACUAUUCCAAGGAUAGCGUGCUGAAUUUCCAGUGGAAUACCGCAUCCCUGUUUCGAAAUGCGGAGGAGUUUAGCAUCACCCCGGAGUCCGGCACUCUCUACCCAGGAACGCACCAGAUGAUUCUCUUCAGGCUACACUGCGUUGAAGGUACAGUAAUCCUCCGUGUAUGAUUAUUGUAUAUAAUAUCGAGAUACAGUCUCAGUCUCGCCUAGAAUAAUUCUUGAUUAUAGAUGAGCUCCAUCAGCAGCACCUGAUAACCUCUACACACGUUCGGUCUUCACAAUUUUCUAAAACACUUUACUGAAGGUCCUUUGGAGCUAGUCGGUGAUUUGGAGUGCAGGAUUUCGUGGGAGCUGAUGCAUCCACCAGCGCCGCCUGGUCCGGAUCCGUGGGAAAAAGAGGUAACCGAAGAGGAGGUUUUUGCCGCUCAUACUGACACUAUCCAUGAAGCUACUUACGACCCUAGGAACUUCGCGAAUAGGCAUGUUUCAGUGGUGAACCGGCUCACGGUGGCGCGCUUUCGGGCGCUGAUGUCGACAGCCGCGGGACAGAAGUACCUGAAUCGCUCUCUAGAUCGAACGGCGCUGCUGUCGAGCCACAUAUCAAACCUUACGCCAAGGCGAGCUUACAAAAAGCUGGAGCGCGAGUUCAUGCGAACACGAGAACAGGAAAUGAAAACCGACGACCUAGACAGAGAGAACCUCGGAUUUAGCCAAGUCCUUUCCGAGUCUUUCAAUAGCCAAGGAGGUAAUUCUACUGAAAUUGAAUCUCUCACGCAAUUCAUGUGUGGGUCCAAAUGAUUUUUGAAUUUGGGGCUUCAGCCCAUUUGCAUUCGAGAAGCAAUAGCUUCCUACUCUCACUCGGUCGGAACUAGAACAAAUAAACGCACAGCUUGAUCACAAUCACAACAUUCAUCCAGGUGCAAACCUCUCAGCGAUGAACGGUGGGCAGUCAGAGUCAUUAGCGAGCUUUCCCUUGUUUGUCCGCCUAUCCGUAGCCUGCCGCGCCGAGGAAUCUAGUCAAUAUGCGGUUGCACUGUCGCGGGAGAAGCACAUUGUGAAGGGCGGAGAUUCUCCUCCAAAAGCUUCUUCAAAGAUCCAAUCGGAAGUCUCUCAUCAACCAAGUGGGGGCGCUAGCCUUGGCGCGACGUCGAGUAUGGUUAUAUCGCAACCAAGUGAGACUAGAACGGGAAUCAUGCAGCAUGGCGGAAGCAAGAGUAGCACGUCGCCAUCGGGAGGCGCAGCAAAUGCAAAUUUCGAACUAGUACACAGCAAUAUUGUCCAGGGCAUGCGUGUCUUCCUCGAAGGCGAAGGCUUCAGGGAGAUGCUCGCACAGCAACUGUCGCAGCCGGCACCGAAUUUCGCCCAACUCGACGCCACGAGCGCGGCGCAACUCCGUCUACUCGAGGGCUUACCGGAGUUGCGGCCUAAGCAACGAACAGACGAAGUGGCACCAAUUGGGGGAGUCGUCGCAGGCAGCAGCAGUGCGACUUCGUCUUCGGUCAAAAAGAAGAAGAUGGCGCCGAGUGCGUUCCGGAGUGCAUUCCUCAUGGACUUCGCACAUGAUAGGGAUAUAUUCACGAAUAUUGAGGAUGAAGUGGACAUUCCAGGUCCAGCAGCAGCAUCGGCUGCGGCUGAUGAAGUUGUUGUAGAUGAAAACACAAGGGGCGCGAGCACUUCUGCAGUUGGUGUAGAGGCGAACACAAAAUUAUUGUCAGCUUCUUCAGCAGCAGGAGCAGAAGGAGAGCCGCCAGACCCGGUACUCGCAGCAGAGCAGUAUUGGGAUGAGACCAUGCGCAUGUAUGGCCAUUUGCGUCUUGAGAACUUCUUUCAGAACUGCGCGAGUCACGUGCUAGAACACACAGUGCUGAAAAUCACAGACGAGACGAUCAGUGGCCGCUUCAACUGGGCGAAACUUCACCUAGGCGAUGCGGAUGAACUAGGAAAGUCGACAUCACAGAACAAAGAGGACACGAUUGCGUGACUCUUGGGAAUCUAGAUGUCGUGCUUGUGGGUCUUCUGUUGAACAGUGUAUAACACAGAGCAGUACUAGCUGUCCUGAUUAUAUAUAAAAAUGAAUCGAUCGUCUACGCUUAUUCCCAUUUAGUAAUCUCUCUUCAAGAACGACGACCUUAUUUACAAACCGAGAGAUGAUGAUGAACCUAAGCAGCAGCGGAUGAACGCUAGCAAUUUUCUUACAGAACACAAGAGAUACUUCCUAACUAACUCAAAUAUGCACGUCGAAAAACAACAUCUAUUAUAGACACUUUUUUGAUUUUUUUCUACUUUGUCGGCUCAGAUCUUAUGGAUAUACAGUUAGACACAGAACUGGAAGUUGUGGUUACGGUUAGUUGUUGGAGGAUAUUCCAGUUCGCGACUGCUCACUGAACACGAAGAGGAAUGCACCUGCUCCUGCAGCACAAUGAUUGUUGCCAUCUGAAUAUCAUCAACCCACUCGAUGCGAGGAGCGGCGAGGAGCCCUCUUUCGUCGUGAAAGGUACAUCACAAAGAAGAAGUCCUCUGCCCCGUGUGAGCAUAACUUCCGUUAACUUCUCAAAUCGCAGCUGGCGAGUUGCAUUGCCUUUCAUGCAACAUAACACUACGCGAUAAUAUACAUGUUGACAAUCGACAUAGAUUCUAAAUAAUGCUUCACUGGUUAAUAAUCUAUGGGGAUUCAUUCCAUCUUCUGAUUUUUCUUGGCACACCGAUCCUAAUCAGAUUAUGUAUAAGGCUAAAUGUUACUAAUGUCCCUCGGGUCUCAUCAACGCCGACUUUACCGAAGGCCCAUCUGGGCGUAACGACUUGCAAAAACAAUAACGAGUAUGAUUGAGGAACGCAACAAUUACAAUAACAAACUAGUUUCUUUUUCCAAGACUCACUACUUACAUCAAAACAAGAGAUUGAGAUUGCAGAUGAUGAGAUUGAGAAGUUUAUCGAUAUCCAGCACUAGAGGACGGACACGCUCGUCCAUUGGGAACUUGCAGAACCCAGCGCGAAGAAGAAAAAUGAUCGUUUUUACAGAAAUUAUAUCAGCAUGAGGAGUAACCAUUAAAGACCAAGACAGGGUUAACCGAUUGACGGAAAAGCGCGCUGACGUGUUAUA